UUCUAUUAGGUCUGUCGCCUCCGAAGGGUUCGACCUCUCUCCAACAACCAGCAGCGAGCAUCGCUCCCCCUAAACCCGAAACAAAUUACAAAAGUAAGAGGGGGGAAAAACUGCAAUCUUUCAAUUCAAAGCCCUAGAAUUCAAGCAAAGAUGUCAGAUCACGCACAAGAGCAGGAGAUGGAGAUCGAAGCACUGCAAGCAAUUUUGAUGGAUGAUAUCGAAGAGAUCGAAUCUAGUGAUAGCGGGCUUGGUACAAAGAAUCGCUGCUUCCAGAUUACUCUAUCGCCUCAAGAUGACGAUGUGGAUGAGGCAAACUAUACUCCAGUUCAAUUAGCUCUAAUAUUCUCACACACGGAAAAAUAUCCAGAUGAACCCCCUCUUCUGAAUGUUAAAAGUAUACGUGGAAUAAAACCUGAUGAUCUUCAAGUGCUAAAAGAAAAUCUUGAACAAGAGGCAUCUGAUAAUCUUGGAAUGGCGAUGAUUUACACACUUGUUACAUCAGCCCAAGAGUGGUUGAGUGAAAAAUAUGGCCAUGAGGAAGAAGCUGAGUUAGAGGAAACUGAUACUGCAAAAGAAGAUAUAAUUAUUCCACAUGGAGAAGCAGUUACAGUAGAAAGCUUUCUUGCUUGGAGAGAACGAUUUGAAGCCGAAUUAGCACUAGAGCGAGCCAAGCUAAUGCCAGAAUCGGCGCUUAGUGCACCAAAGGAGAAGAAGCUUACAGGAAGGCAAUGGUUUGAGAGUGGAAGAGCUUCAGCGAAAGGUGCUACUGCUGUCAACGAAGAGUCUGAGGAAGAGGACGACGAGGAUAUUGAUUUUGAUGAUGACUUUGAAGAUGAUGAAGAAGAAGAUAUGCUGGAACAUUAUUUGGCAGAGAAGUCAUCCUGACCAAAAAAAAGGAGCUAGAAAUUUAACAUUGAAUCAAAGCCUGAAUGCGUCUAUAUUCUAGUGCAUUAUGCACCCAGGAUUAGUUAGUGUUGCCGCAUGGUGUAUCAAGGAGUUGUUAAGGUUAGCCAGUUCAUUUAAGAAGGUUCCAUACAGUGCCAAUGUAAUCAUAAAGCAUAGUCUAAUGACCAUAAGUUGUAUGAGGACUAGUAUAUUCUUGGCUUUAAUUUUGAGAUUUUGAUCAAUUUGGUUGAGCA